AUGGGGGACGACAUCGAAGACAAAGCGAUUUCAUCCGCGCACGAUGAAAUGAACAGCUUGGACCUACCGCUAACAGGCCAUAAAUUCAAGUUCUCAGCCAAAGCCAAGAGACAAGAUGGCGACGUUGCGCUGGCCCUCUUCGCCAACGCCGAUGACCUAAAUGAACCCAUUGACCCGGACGAAGAGAAGAAACUCAUCCGGAAAAUUGACUUGAUUAUCCUGCCUUUGAUUGCGGUCAACUAUGCCUUCUUCUAUAUUGACAAGACCACGCUCUCAUACGCCGCGAUAUUUGGUAUUCGGGAGGAUCUGGGCCUCCAUGGCACGCAGUAUAGUUGGCUCAGCAGUCUAUUCUACUUCGGCUUUCUUGCUUGGGCCUUCCCAACGAAUUUCCUGAUGCAGCGACUUCCACUAGGCAAAUAUGUCGGAGCCAACAUCUUCCUAUGGGGCUUCUUCCUCAUGCUGCAAGCCGCAUGCAACAGCUUCGCCACUCUCGGGGUGCUGCGAGCACUCGCUGGUGCCGCCGAGGCAUGCAGCGACCCCAGCUUCAUGCUUAUCACCCAGAUGUGGUACACGCGCCGCGAACAACCCCUCCGCAUCGGACUCUGGUACACCGCCAACGGCCUGGGAAUCGCACUCGGCGGUCUCCUAGGGUACGGCAUCGGACACAUACACGGUGCCUUGGCAUCAUGGAGAUACGAGUUCAUCAUCAUCGGUGCCCUGUGCUGUGUCUGGGGAAUUGUCAUAGCGGUCUUCAUGCCGGAUUCCCCUGUCACGGCGAAGUUCCUGAAUGAUCGGGAGAAGAGAAUUACGAUUCAGAGAUUGAAGACGAACCAGACGGGCGUGGAGAAUAAGCAUUUGAAGUGGUAUCAGGUGGUCGAGGCAUUCAUGGAUAUCAAACUCUAUCUUUUCUUUCUCCUCGGUACCGUGUGCAACAUGCCGAACGGAGGUAUCUCUAACUUUGGAACGCUGAUUAUCAAGGGCUUCGGUUUCUCGACGCUUGUAACAACACUAAUGCAAAUCCCGUACGGCGUGUUGAUCAUCUGCUCGAUCCUGACAUGCGUGUACCUGAACGACCGAUUCCCGAACAACAAUCGCUGCCUCUUCGUAUUGAUCUUCCUCUGCCCCAACAUCGCAGGCGCAUUCGGGCUCCGGUUCGUCGAUGAAUCGCAACGGGCAGGUCGCUACAUCUGCUACUUGCUCACGGGACCGUACAACGCGGCGUUCGUGUUAAUUUUGUCAUUGCAGAUUGCAAAUACCGCGGGCCACACCAAGAAGGUGGUCACGAAUGCCGUCUUGUUUCUGGGAUACUGUACGGGCAAUAUCGCGGGCCCUUUCUUCUACAAAACGAAUCAGGCGCCGCAGUAUGAGUUGGGGAUCUGGAGUAUGAUUGUUAGCCAUCUCAUCGAGGUCUGCAUCAUCGUGACCUUCUGGGUGCUGAUGAAGGCGGAGAACCACCGGCGCGACAAGGUCCAGGCACAGGAGGCCGGUGGCCUCGAAGGCCGAGAUCUCGACGCCACGGCUUUCGGCGAUCUCACCGAUCGUGAGAAUUUGAAUUUUAGAUAUAUUUAUUAG